CCUUCAGAUUGAACACUUUACAUUUGGGGCUGAUCUGCUUUGGGAGUCAAUUUACAGGAAUAUUACCUCAAAAACACUGGAUUUGACGGAGCAGUACCUGCUGGAGCCCUUCCUGCUGAACAGGGACUGUCCAAGAGUGUGAGUAAUAUGAGGAAGCCUUUGAAUGUGCUUGAUCCUGGUAUAAGACUACAGGACCUCCAUGGUGUUUAGACCGAGGAGCAGCAUGCAAACUAACCGGUAAACCGCUGCUGCCUGCUGAACCCCUGAUUUGUUGCCACCAGCGCCACCAACUCAGCUUUUGGGGCAGGAAUUCCAGACGCUCAAGCUCUGUCUGCCAGCCUGCACCAUGGAUUUCAUGCUACCCAUAAGAAGUCAAGAGAUGAUAGCUUUCUCCUGCUCUGAUCCUUUUCUGGAUCCUCACGGCGUCAACACCCGGUACCUCCACCAGUCCAUAAAGAGAAAGCUGCGGCCCGGACGAAUUCUCGGCUUCAUCAUCAGCAUGGUGGCUGUCUGCACAGUUUGUUCAAUGAGUGCCUUGUCGUUGGCCACCACAGUGGCCACUGAGCCGACAUCAAUUGCCGAGUCCUCAGCCGAUGCAGCAGUGCCCCAAAGAACUCUUCUACAGCGCCAGAACCUUUCAGCAGCCCCAGAGGACACACCUGUGGCCAUGAAGUCAUCACACUUAGACAUGAAUCAAGGAGACUACCCAACAGACUACUUCAGCGUGGAGGACAGACGCCAGGGCUAUGUGCUUCUUCAUAUGUUUGGAAUGUUAUAUAUGUUCAUUGCUUUAGCCAUUGUUUGCGAUGAGUUUUUUGUCCCUGCACUCACUGUCAUAACAGAGAAGCUGGAGAUCUCGGAUGAUGUAGCUGGGGCCACCUUCAUGGCGGCAGGUGGUUCAGCCCCAGAGCUCUUCACCUCUGUCAUAGGAGUCUUCAUCUCUCACAGUAAUGUAGGCAUAGGUACCAUUGUGGGAUCUGCUGUAUUCAACAUCCUGUUUGUGAUUGGGAUGUGCGCCCUGUUCUCCAAAGAGGUGCUGAACCUCACCUGGUGGCCUCUGUUUAGAGAUGUCUCUUUUUAUGUCAUCGGGCUGCUCCUGCUCAUCUAUUUUUUCCUGGAUAAUCAAAUCACGGUGUCGGAAAGUAUGAGUCUGUUGUUGUGCUACACCUGCUACGUGACCUUCAUGAAGCACAAUUCUAAGGUAGAAAAUUUCAUCAAAACCUUGCUGGGCAGCAAUCAGGUGGAUGAGCUGGAAACUGCUCCAAAGAUAAAGGCACCAGAAGAUGAUGAGAACAAGCUGACAGCCAAACCCCGGCUGCAGAGGGAAGGCAGCUGUGCAUCUUUGCACAACUCUCUGAUGAGAAACAGCAUCUUCCAGCUCAUGAUACACACACUGGACCCCCUCAGUAAUGAAGGACAGUUUAAAGAGAAGGCAUCCAUCCUCCACAAAAUGGCCAAACAUAAGUGCAAAGAAGAUGCUGCGACUGCUAACGGUGUAGUUGAUAAAAACCUUCCAAAGAGUUCAAAGGUUGCUGUGGAGGUCACACCGCCCAUGAAUGGAGUUGCAGGAGGCGAUCGGGAGGGUGAGGAAGAUGAAGAUGAAAGCCAGCCUCUGAGCCUGGCUUGGCCUGAUACCCCAAUGAAACAAUUCACCUACCUCUUCAUCCUGCCCAUCGUCUUCCCCCUUUGGCUCACACUGCCCGAUGUCCGGAGAGAGACAUCUGAAAGGUUCUUUUCAAUCACUUUCAUCGGAUCCAUCUGUUGGAUUGCUUUCUUCUCCUACCUGAUGGUGUGGUGGGCUCACCAGGUUGGAGAGACUUUCUAUAUCACAGAGGAAAUCAUGGGUUUGACUAUUUUAGCAGCGGGCACAUCCAUCCCUGACCUGAUCACAAGUGUGAUUGUGGCACGAAAAGGCCUGGGUGACAUGGCCGUUUCCAGUUCCGUGGGCUCCAACAUCUUUGAUAUCACUGUCGGUCUGCCGUUUCCAUGGCUUAUCUACAACAUCAUCAAUGACUUCAAGCCCGUGGAGGUCAGCAGCAACGGCCUCUUCUGUGCCAUCGUCCUCCUUUUCCUUAUGCUCCUCUUUGUCAUCAUUUCAAUCGCGGCUUGCAAGUGGAAGAUGAGCAAGUUUCUGGGCUUUUUCAUGUUCCUGCUCUACUUCGUCUUCCUGGUCAUCAGCGUCAUGCUGGAGGACAGAGUUAUCGUGUGCCCAAUCACCAUCUAAAAGAAGGACUCCUGGUGAUGAACUGAAAGUUUAAAUUUGCUCGUUAACAGUGCAAUAACAAACUGCUUGUUUUAUGUCUCACAUGCACAUCAUACAUACUGUACUGUAUUAACACAUGCACACACUUACAAGCUGUUGAUGUGGAUCAAGCAGGAGUUGUGAUGGAAAUCAACAUUGCUGGUUCAAGCUGUUGCAUCAUAGCUGUUUCAUAAAGCCAUGUAGGCCUAUUCUUUAGGCCACCCAAUGAGGAGACUCUAUUAGUACCAUGUGACUAAAUCUUGCAGUCAGGCCUGUCUGAAACCUGCUGAAACUAUUAAUGGAGAGGAAAUGGAAACUGGAUGUCGGGAGGAACUUUUCUUUUUGCAUAAAGGACAAACACUGUACAACAGUGAAAGAAGAAAUAAUCACUCAGUGAAGUAACUAAGAAUAUAAACUUGAAAUGGACACCAAGAGAGACAUGUUGGUUUUGUUUAAAUGCCAGAGCAGCUUUGGCUUUGAGAUCAAGGAAACUGUCUUGGAAAAAGAGAAAGGCCAACGUAACUUUUAAUUUUCAUAGCUGCUUUUUAGACCUUGGGAUGUUAACAGUAUGCAAUACUUCGGAUUUUACUUUUCAAUAUGAUAGAAAGAAGAAUACAGUUGAUUGUCAAUGAUUUGACAGUGUUUUCAGAAAAUGCUUCAUGUUCAUCCCAUUUAUAAUAUAUAAUGCAUUAAAUAGAUAGAUAGUUUAAACAUAACUUGGUUUUCAUUACAUCUGCUAACAUGCUAAAAUAAUCCUAUAAACAUAACUCUCUAUUCUGGCUGCCUUUACAUGCACCACUUUAGUAUGGGAAACAUGUUAAUAUACAAAUUUUACUGUUUGGAAAAUACUUGAUGGCAGAGACGGUUCUUUAAUUUGCAGACUGCCCAGGGCGCCAAUCCAUCAGGGCGUGGCAACAACACUACAUACAUAGUCGUUGGGGUGUGGAUGCACCUCUGUGAAGUUACAAUCUAAGCAGCUCAAAAAAAAAAAAAGGUCACACACUGCUGGAGAGUAAAGAUGCAAAUGUUAGUUUUUGGAUUCAUAAUUGUUUAUUCUGAGCUAAAUUAAAGGGGACUUUCACACUUUUUGAGGAUUCUAGACUACAUUUGAUCAUCUCUUUUUGCAAAAUAUAAAACAAACCUAAGAUACAUUUUUCUGCACUAAAUAUUGGUGUUUGAGAUUUAUGAAACAUUCAGUUUGUAUGUCAAAAGCACAAAAAUUUUAUAUUCCUUUUUUUGGCAUCAGGGCCACCACAGACUAAAACAAGCAUAAAAACUAGACUGACAUAUUUUACUGUGAUUACAGAUUAUUUAAAUUACAGUUUUGAAUUGUGAGACCUUUGAUUGGAUAGUGAAACCUAAACUCUGCAUUGAGUGCAGCAGAAGGGGAUCAUCCAAGGCACCAUUCUUCCCCCUCUGUUGUGUCAUUCUUGUUUAACUUUUCUUCAGAUUAGGGAAGAAUAAAAAUGAAACAAAAAAUUCCUAUUAGCAAGUAAUUCUGAUUUCCCCCACUGAUUUCUGAUGUAAAACAGACUACAAGUAAUUAUACUCCAAUGUUGUUGAGUUUCUGUUAGACCAUGGCUUCAUUGUCAUCUAAAAUUCAAUUCAUUUCAAAUUCAAAAAUACUUUAUUAAUCCCGAAGGGAAAUUAAAUAUUGUUGUAGCUCAUAUUAUGAAGGUUUCUUCAAAGAGCUUUUGUAGAUGCGACCUUAACAGCUGUGAUCUGAGUUUAAUGUGGUGAAACAAUGUUCGCAUGUAGAAAAUCUCAGUCUAUUUCAUUUCAUUUUUCUUUUUAAACGUACGGAGACUUUCAAACGCUUAAAAAGGUUAUCAGAAACUAUUGCAAAUACUUUAAUCAUGUUAUGGCGUUCUGUCAAUAAAAAUGUUGUUAAUGUUCUACAAUAAAGAAUCUAUUUCUGCAA